AAAUUUUGACGUUUUCUGACAAAUGACAGACACGUGUUUUUUCUAUCUUUUGGGAAAAUAUUACAUUAUUUUUAUAUAUCAUGUUUUUUACGUAUUGCAAAAUACAAACACACACUUUUAUUUAUAAUGUUUGGAAAUAGUUCAUAUUGAAGUUACCAUCAUUGUUAUGGAGUAUUCAUAUUUUUAAACCGGUCUCAGUAUGUCUGAUACGGAAGAAAACAUAGACGAAAAACCGUUUGUAAUUGAAAGAGCAAAGCAAGGACGUGCAGUAUGUAAAAAAUGUAAGCAAAAAUGUUUACAAGGAGAAUGGCGUUUGGCUAAAUUAGUAAGCAAUCCUUUUGGAGCUGGGAAAAUGAAAGCAUGGCAUCACAUAAACUGUUUAUUUGAAAUAUUCUUAAAACAACGAAAAACAACUAAGAGAAUUGAAGGUCCAGAAGAUAUAGAUGGUUGGGAUAUUUUGGAUAAAGAUAUACAAAAAGAUAUUUGUAGAUUAAUUGAAGAAUGUGACAAAUUUCAUGGCAAGCCAUCAAAUUCACCUAAAAAACAGCAAAAGUACCGAAAUAUUCCCAAACAAGAAGAAGUUGUAGAUUGUGGAAAAGAUUCAGUGAGUGUUAGUCCAAGUAAGCAUAGUAAAAAUAAAACACAGUCAUUCAAAGAAUUCAGAAAAUUGAUAGCUGAGAUUAGUAACACUGAUAGUUAUCUUGAUAAAACAAAUUGUGUUAAAUUAACAUUUGAUAAAAAUUUCCAAAAGGAAGAUAUAAUUCUUUGGUGUAGAUUAUUGCUACCGGGAGUAGUUAAGAGGGUUUAUAAUUUACAAAGUAAACAGUUGGUUAAAUUAUUUAGCAGAUUAUUCAUAGCCGAUCAAACUGAAAUGUUGGAACACUUAGAACAAGGCGACAUAGGAGAAACAAUUCAAACUUUUUUUGAAAAAAGUAUUAAAUUACAACCAGCAAAGAAGAGUUUGUUAACUGUAACUGAGGUAGAUGUUUUUCUGAAUAAACUAUCUGUUCUCACUCGCGAAGAAGAUCAAAUUGAUUUGUUCAAAUGUUUUAUACCAAAAUGUACAUCUAAUGACUUGAAAAUUGUAAUCAGACUGAUUAAAGGGGAUUUGAGGAUGGGGGCUGGUGCAAAACACAUUUUGGAUGCCAUAGAUAGUGAUGCUUAUGAAUCUUAUCAGACUUCCAGGGAUUUAGCCUUGGUAAUCAAUAAAUGUUUAAUAAAAAAUACCAAUAGUAAGAAGGGGAACACAGCAGAUGUGUUGAUUAUGACUCCUGUUUUACCAAUGCUAGCAGAAGCUUGCAAAUCUGUAGGUUAUGCCAUUAAAAAGUGUCCACAUGGUAUGUAUUCGGAAAUUAAAUAUGAUGGAGAAAGAGUGCAGGUACAUAAACGUGGAUCUGAAUAUAAAUAUUUCUCUCGCGCUCUAAAACCAGUAUUACCUCAUAAAAUAGCACAUUUUAAGGAUUAUAUACCGAAAGCAUUUCCUAAUGCAAAUGAUUUAAUUUUGGACAGUGAGAUUCUAAUGAUGGAUACAGUGAAUGGAAAGCCUCUACCAUUCGGUACUUUGGGAGUUCAUAAAAAAACUGAAUUCAAAGAUGCUACUGUAUGUCUAUUUGUUUUUGACUGCAUAUAUUUCAAUGGAGAAAGUUUGAUUAACAAACCUCUUAGUGUAAGGAAAAAAAUUUUGCAUGAAAAUAUGUUGGAGAUACCUAACCAUAUAAUGUUUUCGGAAAUGCAAGAAAUUCACAAGAAAAAUGAUUUAGCCAAAAUGAUAGCAAAAGUAUUGAAAUUAGGCUUGGAAGGUUUAGUACUGAAAGAUACUGAAAGUAUAUAUGAACCAGGAAAGCGUCAUUGGUUAAAAGUUAAAAAGGACUAUUUAUUUGAUGGCAAGAUGGCAGAUAGUGCAGAUCUGAUAGUCCUAGGUGCUUGGUAUGGUACUGGUAAAAAGGGAGGCAUGAUGUCAGUUUUUCUUAUGGGUUGCUACCACCCAGAAAAAAAAAAUUUUUGUACAGUCACAAAAGUUCAUACGGGACAUGAUGACAAAACUUUAGAACAACUUCAAACUGAAUUAGAUAUGAUUAAAAUUAGUCAAGAUCCUAAUAAAGUUCCAAGAUGGUUGAAAUGCACAAAAACUAUGAUUCCGGACUUUGUAGCCAAGGAUCCUAAAAAACAACCAGUUUGGGAAAUAACGGGAGCAGAAUUCACCCAGCACGACGUACACACAGCUAAUGGUAUAUCUAUUCGUUUUCCCAGAGUUACUAGAAUACGUAAUGAUAAAAAUUGGGAGACUGCUACCAACAUUCACGAGUUACAAACAUUGUAUACAACUUCAAAGGAAAAUCUGGAUAUCAGUUUACUUGUUAAUGAUAUGGAUAACUCCCAGAGUCAAAGUGACAAGCAGAAUUUAAUUAAUAAACCAAAGAAGAGAAAAAACUUGGAUGAUUCUAUCAAUAAUUCUAGCAGUUCAUCAUCACCUAAAAAGAAACGGAAGAUUUUACAAAGUGAAAAUGAAGAGACAAGUAGCAGCUUAGCUACAAGUACCUCGAAUAGUUUCACUAAUGAAAUCAAAAGCAUAUUUUCAGGUGUAAAAGCUCUUUUGGAAGAUGAACUCAAAAAGGACAAUCAUGCAAAUGUUAUAAAAAAUUUUAUUGACUAUGGAGGCGAACUUCUGCUAGACGAAGAACAAGAAGAAGCAACACACGUUUUUCAUUACUACAAUAUAAUUCGUGAGCCUAUUAUCAAAUGUCCCGUUAUUGCUAGACACGUUUCUUACGAAUGGAUCACGGACUCUAUAGAAGAAGGAGCGUUAAAAAAUCAUAUAAAUUAUACGGUACAAUGGAAUCCAGAUGACUGAAUUUUAAUUCUUUGUUUUAAAAAAACUUUAUUUAUAUUUUUUAAAGUUGGGCAAAUAAUUGCCAUUUUCGACAAACCAUAAUAAACUUUUGUAUUUUAUAAAAUUGCCAUAGUGCAGAAACCCGUCAACCGGCAUCACUUGGCGUGAUCAAUAUCCACAGACAGACACUACUCGAAUUUAAUAAGGUUCACCCUCUUUUAAAUAAAAAAAAACGUUGUUUGACUCGUGUCGGAUAAACCGACACAAAGUGGAACGAUAGGGUAGGGAAAGCGAGACAAGACGAAUCCACACUCUCGAACUCGCAUUCCCUCGUGGAUUGGGCUUUAGAGAAUAGUGAAAAUAUGUAAAAGAUGCUAGUUUUCAUUCAAUUCAAAAUAUGCACAUUACAUUAGAAAGUGCAGAUAUUGAAAUGGUACGAGGAACAUUUUUAAAGUGACUCGAUUGCACACUGUCUCCACGCAACCUGUCAAGUGACGUCAGUUUAAGAUUGGCUAUUCUUCACUAAUUUCUCUUCUCAGUACGCCGCCAUUACGUUUUGUGUCAUUUGUCAGUGUUAGUUGGUUAAAUUGAUUCGUUUGUCGCCAUGUUAAUCAGUAGUCCCGCCGACUCUAUUAUUUCUGCUCUAGAUUUUCACACUGCGCAUUCUAGAGGCUCUCGAUGCGAGUAUUGACGAGUGGAGACAGCUGGAGUGCUCCACAAUCUCGUUUUAUUUAGUUGCUCGCUACGUCUACUAAAAAUGGAAGUGACUUUAUCGCACUCCACAAAAAGUAAUACCUAUAUUUGUAGUUUUAUCCACUACUCAGUCUAUCCCAUGUCAACUUUGAGCUCUCUUUAAGACCAACAGCUUCUAAUCCUCUAUAAAGCCCAGAUUCGUCCAUCUUUGGAGUAUUGAUCCCAAGCAUUCUCGACUCAUAGGCGAUCCAGAGUUGACCAGAAACUUGGACAGUUUAGAGCAUAGAAAGAAACUAUUUUACCACACAAUCACACCUAGAGUAGUAUUUGCAAGAUCUACUCGACAGGUAGAGGUGACUCAUAAACAUAGAGUUCGCCACGAAAUGCCCAGAAUGUUAAUUUAUCGAGACUCUUUUUUUUUGGAGGAGGAGGAUUCUGUGGAAUCAGCUACCAAGGCAAGUGUUUCCUCAACAAUAUAGUCUACGGAAGUUGAAGAUAAAUAUUCACAGGCAUUUCUACUUAGCAUCAGUACUUGAAUUUAAUAAGGUUUAUCUGUUGAUAUGAUAAGAAUGAAAAUUUGCAAAAUGUUUUAUUUUAAAAUUACGUUGUCAAUUUGAAAUAUUGUGAAGAAUUUAUUCAAAAUAAAACAAAUCAUUACAAAA